UUUGAGGAGGUGGGGGCGGGCCCAGGCGGGGGCGGGCGGCGGGCGGUGCAAAGCGUGGGGCGCGGGCCCGCGGCGGGAGCUGUCCGCAAGCCCUAGUGCUGAACUAGGCGAGGACCUGCUGGGUGCUUGGAGCGUGGUAGCAGGCGCCCAGGGCUCGGGCCGGCGAAGACCAUGGCGUUCAUGGUGAAGACCAUGGUGGGCGGCCAGCUGAAGAACCUCACCGGGAGCCUGGGGGGCGGCGAGGACAAGGGGGACGGAGACAAGUCGGCAGCGGAAGCUCAGGGCAUGAGCAGGGAGGAGUAUGAAGAGUAUCAGAAGCAACUGGUGGAAGAAAAGAUGGAGCGGGAUGCACAGUUCACACAGAGGAAGGCAGAGCGGGCCACACUGCGGAGCCACUUCCGAGACAAAUACCGGCUGCCCAAGAACGAGACAGAUGAGAGCCAGAUCCAGAUGGCAGGCGGAGACGUGGAGCUGCCCCGGGAGCUGGCCAGGAUGAUUGAGGAGGACACAGAGGAGGAGGAAGAGAGGGCCUCGGUCCUCGGGCAGCUGGCCAGCCUCCCUGGCUUGGACCUUGGCUCACUCAAGGACAAGGCCCAGGCCACGCUGGGGGACCUCAAGCAAUCAGCUGAGAAGUGCCACAUCAUGUGACCACUUCCCUGGAGGUGCCCACUGGGAUGACCAGGGGGCUGGGCCCUCAUGAGGGCUAAAAGUGUAUCUCAACUUCUAGGGGCCCAUAGUCUAUCUGCCCUACCUGAGCCCCAGAACCCUUCUCAUCUGCACCCCAAGCCUGCCUUCUGGGCCCCUCCCACUCCACUGGAAGCAACAACCCCAUUCCUCACUCUGCCCCUCAGGACCCAUUCCCUGUCCUUAGCCUGUGCAGCCUCCCAAGACUGUAGGAUUAGGCCCAUUCCUCUUUGCCAUGGCCCCAAGUUCCUGCAUACAAGGAGCACCCAUAGAGACUCACAGAGGAUACGAAAACUCUGGCAUGAGCAGAGGCAUAAGCCACAGAUGCAUCCUGGCACACACAGACACAUACGCAAAGUCCAGCUCCCCUGGGUACCCAGCGCCUCCAGACACUGAUACUCAGAUACUCUCAGAGGACUUUGGACAGAUGCUCUCAGCAGACAAGAGGCCUGAGUUCAAGCUUCUACAUUUAUUGUCAUUGCUCUUUCUGGGCCUCAUUUCAUCAUCUGUAAGAUGGGAAUAGACUGGAUAAUUUCUAAGAUUAUUUCUGGCUUGGCCUCCCUGGCCUCUCAGAGCCAAGCCCACACCCCUCCUUGGGCAGGGCCGCAGCUGUAGCCAUAGCCUCCAGUGGCUGCCACUGUGGGCUCUGGGAGCCGAGUGACGCCAUGCAAGGGGUGUAGUGCCAAGAAGCUGGCACUGAAUAGUAGCCCGGACAGCUCCAGGCCUUCUCUGGGGCCAAGGCCCAGCCAAUUUCUAUUCUGUUCCUAUAGAACGCUCUUCUGGAUUCCAUAGCUGGAAUCUCCUUUCCUAGCUCAGUGAAAAAUAAAAAUCCCAAAUGAUGUGCCUAUCUUCCCACAUCUGACUGACUUCCAGGAGUUGUGGAGUUCAUGGCCUGCCAUGGAGGUGUGCUCUUUACGUCCUUACGUCCUGGAGCUUCAUGAAAAGGAGACACCUGGUGGUAGGAGUGGAAAUGUCUUGAAAUGUCUUAUGUGGACCCCCUCCAGGUGCCAGCCCCUGUAAGAUGCUUAAGCUCUAUCCUCUCAGGGGAGAGAGAGGGGUCUGGGGCCAUGACCCUGGACUUUGAAGAGGCUGUGGCAGCCAGCUAGAUGGUGACGUACGUACAUGGGGCAUUACUGAGACCACAGUGGCAGGGGAAGCUCAACCACAGCUGUCUCUGGCACCUUUGCCUCUACCCCUGUCACCUCGGAGAUGGAAGAUAUAAAAGCAGGCAGAGAAACUCCAUUCCAGCCCAGCACUGCUGUGUGACUUUGAACAGAUCCUUUCCCUCUCUGAGCCUAUUUUGCUCCUUGUCAAAUGAAGAGUUCCACAUCUCCUACACUUGAGUAACAAUAAUAUUGUUUCAAAGGGUGACCAUUUAUAAAGCCAUAGGCAUG